UCUCCGCGCCGGAACUACGAGUCCCGACGUGCUGCGCGCGGCAGGCAGAAGCUGCGCUGAGCGGGCGCGGGCGGCCGCGAGCACGUUGCUAGUGGGCGCGGUGGCGGGGCCGGAGGUGGUAGGGGGCAAGAGUCCGCCCGAGCCCCGCGGGUUCCGGCGCCCGGACCCACGCUCGGCCGGGUUGCUCUGCUGAGUGACACCACCGUGGCAUCCAAGGAGCUUUCCCUCCAGCUUGCGCGGCGGGAAGCAGCGGCGGUGGCGGCCUCAGCGUCCUAAGAGGGAGAAUGCCAUGUGAAAUUGAAGUAGAGGAACACCAAGAAAUGUCACACAUUUCCAGCAAACCAUCAGGAGCAAGCGGGGAGGAAUGAAAUUCUUCCUCACUACCCCUGAAGGAACCAACCUUGCUGACACCUUGAUCUUGGACUUCUAAUCCCAGAGCUGGAGACAGUACAUUUUUUGUUGUGACAUCAUACUGGCCCAUCGCAUUGAUGACAUUAUGCUGAUUGGAUCUGGUGGGCAAGCAGGACCAACUACUCUAGACUUACUGAAGCUGAAACCUAUCAACACUCUUCAAAAUGCAAUGGAAUGUGCCACGGAUUGUAUCUCAACUGGCACGCAGGACAUGCUUGGAACUACAUAAAGCUGGUCUUUUCGGACACUGUCAAAACGUAAAAGGACCUUUACUUUUGUGCAAUGCUGAAUCCAAAGUGGUUUUGGUGCAAGGUCCUCAAAAACAAUGGUUGCAUUUAUCUGCUGCCCAGUGUGUUGCAAAGGAAAGGAGGCUGUUGGAUGCUCAUCCACCCCAACCAGGAGUCCUUCACCAUAAGCAAGGGAAGCAGUGUGUUUCAUCCAGGAGGGAUUUUUCAUCCCGUGGCACAGCGCACGGAACUCCGGAAAUAAAGGAAGAGCCUGACCCUUUACAAGACAAAUCUAUUAGUCUUUAUCAACGAUUCAAGAAAACGUUUAGACAGUAUGGAAAAGUUUUGAUUCCGGUGCAUCUAAUAACUUCUGGUGUUUGGUUUGGAACAUUUUAUUAUGCAGCCUUGAAAGGAGUGAAUCUCGUUCCUUUUCUAGAAUUCAUUGGGUUACCUGACAGUGUGGUAAACAUCCUGAAAAACUCCCAGAGUGGAAAUGCAUUGACAGCGUAUGCCAUGUUUAAGAUUGCAACACCUGCCCGGUAUACCGUGACUUUGGGAGGAACAUCCUUCACUGUGAAGUAUCUGCGCAGUCAUGGCUACAUGUCCACACCACCACCUGUCAAGGAGUAUCUACAGGACAGGAUGGAAGAGACGAAGGAGCUUAUCACAGAGAAAAUGGAAGAAACAAAAGAUAGACUCACUGAAAAGUUACAAGAAACCAAAGAAAAAGUUUCUUUUAAGAAAAAAGUGGAAUAAGUGCCUAGUGCCUUAUAUAACAGUAUAGAAAAAUUCCUGCACUUUAACCCUUUGGAAACUAUGGGCAAAGAUACAUGUCUGAUUUUUUUUUUUUCCUUUUUUUGGUUAGUUGCCGAAAUAUACUAGUUCUCUGAGGGUUAAAGAAGUAAUAUACCUUUUUAAAGUUAAAUAUCACUAGAAAAAUCAGUGUUUUUAUAAGGAAAGAAAUGAACCCAUUAUAAGAAUUUCCCAUCAAUAACAGUAUUAAGCAGUAGGUAAUGUCUUAGAAGUCAGACUUCUUUUUCAAGGUCUUCAGAAGCACACUUGAUUUCUGUUUUGUUGCAGCUGUAAUUUUUACAUACUAGGCAGUUGACUCCUUGAAUAGCCAAUGUGACCCAUAAAACAGACUGUUAAUACUGGAUCUUAAUUUUUAUGUUAUUCAUUAAGGUUUUAACUGUAUUCAGUAUGUAAUUUGGAGACAAACUAGCAUCAUCAAAACUGCCUGUGAAUAAGAGGGUAUUUAGUCUUUCUAUAAAAACAGAAUAGGACAGUUACCUACCAGUUAAAAUAUCUUAUAUGAAGAAAAUAGAACAAAGAUUUAGUCAUUUAUAUGUAAAUAAGAUGUAUUGGUUGUAUGUAAAUGAAACAUGGAUCCUUUAAAAAUUAUUUUUACCUGAAGCUUGUUUUUUAAAGCAAAUAUAUAUAAGGUGAUGGUACUUUUCAACUAUGUGUAUUGGUGGCGAUCACCUCAAACAUAAACCUUUAUUGUGAAUCAUUUGUGUCCUUUUCAACUGAUCUUUCAGAGGAAAGGUAAAAAAUCUUUACACCUUAAAUUUAUUGUUAAAAUCAA